AGUGUCGAGUGGAAGGUUUGCCAGCGUAAUUGCUUUCGUUCGCGUUUCCUUCGAUUCUCUCUACUUGUUUCUUCGAGUUGCUCGUUUUACCGGUCUAGAACGGGCAACACGCGAUCAAACGCUCGUUCUAACCGAUAUAUUGGCUUCGACAUCGUUUGCAUCUGGCAUCGUUUCUACGGGCAAAAACGUGGUUAGCAAGGGCUCGAUAUCAGCCGCAGCCGUGUUAAACAUGGAUUUCGUGAUUUUGAAGGUAAAUGGCCAGGAUGUAUCGAACUCGAGCCACGAGGACGCGGUGCGUUGCUUUCAAUCGGCCCAGGAACCGAUCAUCGUGGAGGUGCUGCGACGACAACCGAUGCACCAGCCGCAGCAGCAGCAACUGCAACAACAACAACAACAACAACAACAACUACAACAACAACAUAGUCAGCAACAGGGACAGCGAACCGGUUGGAAGGAGCAAGAGGGGAAAAACAGCAGCGAAGCGGAGAAAGAGUCGGAGAAAACGAACGAGAUUGGUAACAAGCGGGAGCAUGCGAGCAAUAUCUGUCCAAAUCUGGUCUCAACCGCGGUGCAGACCGAUUGGGCCGGACUAUUCGAAGCAGAGGAAGAGGAAGAGUUACUGCCGGUUUCCCUCGGGGUCGACGAGCAACCGAAUGACAGUUUCGAUGAUUGUCUCGCUCACGACAUCGAUUUCGAAGAGGUGACAUUGCGGAAAACGGGCAGCGCCGAGAAACUUGGACUGACCGUCUGUUACAGUUCUGGUUCUGGUAGCGAAGACGCCGAUACCGAGGUUUACAUCUCGGAAAUAGUUCCUGAAAGUCUGGCAGCCCGCGACGGCCGAUUACGAGAGGGUGACCAAAUCUUGAGGGUAAAUGGAAAAGACGUAGCGAAUAAGGAACAAACGGAAAACUUGUUUGCCGAAACGAAGAAUGCCGUAACCAUUCUUGUCAGCCGAUGUCUUUAUCAGGAUGAUGAUUACGAAGAGAGGCGCGUGUAUCGUCGGGGUUCGCCAUUGCUUUCCCCGGAUCAUCUACCAUCUUACCAGAACAGCUUGAUCGAGCAGCUGAUACGACAACAACAGCAGCAGCAGCAGCAACAACAACAACAGCAGCAGCAGCAACAACAACAACAACAGCAACAGCAACAACAAACGGACGAAUGGACCAAAGACACGGAGGAAAACAGUUCGACGUUGAGGCCACCACCUCCUGUUCCCUGUCACACUGCGAGUCAUCAGCCGAGCAACGCCUUCUCCGCAAGCAACACCCCGUCUUCGAGUUGUUCUUCGCAGACCUCGCAAAAAUCUUGCGGCAGGAACGCAGCGUCACCGGCAAGGCACUCGGAUCACGAUCGUAAGCAAUGGACCCAAGAGGCAUUGAAGGACUGCUCGAAAAAAAUGGAGAGUCUCUGUAUGCGUGGUCAGUCGCAAUCAAUUUGCGGUGUAGGUACAGCACCCGUGAGACUCGCAGACGCCUAUUCGAAUCACGUCUGGAGUGAAACGGAGCACAUCUAUGAAACUAUACCGGAAUCGGACAGCGAGCCGAUUUAUUCCUCGCCGUACGAACACCGGCACUGGCAUCAUUCCAAUCAUACCUCGAGCAUCGUCGCUACCUCGCAAACCACCAUUACCACCGCCGCUCCGCCACCGGCGACCGUCCUUUCGGCGAUCGCGAUCGCUAUAACGACCACCGCCAACACCACUAACACUUCCAGCACGAUGAUUCAGUAUUCGCAAAAUCAAGGAAAUCAAACUGGCAGAUGGUAUUGUUCGUCCAAGAGUAACAGUUCGGGCGAGGAAAAAGAUAGUUCGAGUGCGUACAAUACCGGCGAAUCCUGCAACAGCAAUCCGCUCACGUUGGAAUUGCAACGCGGCGAAAAGGAUCACCACAAAAGCACGUUGGUCCUUUGCCCUCCGAAAACAUCGAUAGUACAACUGCAACAACAACAACAGCAGCAGCAGCAGCAACAACAGCAUCAUCAACAACAACAACAACAACAACAAAGGUUCGGUUGUACAUGCCCGACAUUCGUUAACAAACAAAUGAGAAAUCAGUCGAACAGAAGAGGUACGAGUUCCCAUCACUACAGAGAACGAAUAGCCGAUUCGACGAACGCGAGCAACUUGCCUGCCGAUACUAUGUACACGAAUAUGGCAAAUCUUCAGCAGACGAUGCUUUUGCAGCAGCAACUGUUCAAACAGGCACUCGAUCGAAGAAAUUCGACCAUCUGUAGCUCCAGAGAAAGCAAUAAUGUUACUACUGUUACCGGUGGUACCGCGAAAAAGUCUAGAUCUCACGGUAACUUUCAGGCUCCGAAUUUGACGCGGUAUCAAUUUGUCGGCAGCCAACAGGUUUGCUCCUCUAGUUCCUGGAUACCGCCGGAGGAUAAAGGGAAUCAAAUACAGAUGGAGUGGAAAGUGAAGAGAAGAGCAGAUGGAACCAGGUACAUCGCUCGAAGGCCAGUCAGAAAUCGUAUUCUGAGAAACAGAGCUAUCAAGAUAUCCGAGGAGCGGGCCGGUCACAGCACCGAAGAUGACACCAUGUCGGAAGUAAAGGUUGGCAGAUACUGGACCAAGGAAGAACGUAAAAGGCAGUUGGAACGUGCACGUGAACGUAAACAGAGACAACAAGAGUUUCAACUACAGCAGCAGCAACAACAACAACUGCAACAACAGCAGCAGCAGCAGCAGCAACAGCUUCAGUUGCAGCAGACCAACGAGUUGUUGGCGUGCGAGCACGGAGAGCACGAUAAGCUCGUAAAAAAACCGCUGAAUAUCGUGGAGCUGAGUCACAAAAAAAUGGCUCGGAAAAAGAAUACUUUGGACGACUUCACUACCGUUCAAGAGAUGUUGGUGCAUGGAAACAGAGUCGGUGGCACAGGAGGUCCUGGUACCGGAGGCAAAUUAAUGGGUCUCCUCUCAGUAACGACCGUUUGAAUCGUAAAACCCGUACCACCACGAUAUCCGACAAAAAUCAAUCCCUCCGUCGUUCCUUCGUGCUUCCUUUUAUCGAAUUAUACUUGUCUCACCGCAAAUUACCUCCUACUCCUCCUACUCUUCCUCCUCGCUAUUCACCCGGUUCGAUCGUGUCUCCCUUUUGUUCAAUAUCCUUACAAAUAUACCUUUGAUCGACUCGCAUUCACGAAAUUAGUAUCAUGGAUUUCAAAACGUUUUCCUUUUCCCCGCGAUUUUCGUCGUUUCUUCUUUGCUUCGUUUGACUACGAAAAUGAUCAAACUUUAUGCUACUUUCUCGAUCAAGUGUUGAAACGAGACGUAUCGUUCACGAAAUUGCGUAAAUGCCAAUACGAUUGUACAUAUUUCUCGUAUAACGAUAUAAAUGUAUGUAGACUAUUUUACACGAUA